AUGAUCCGAGAUUUGGUUAUGAGCCACCGUUAUCUAUCAGUGAUAUUUCAAGGUAAAUGCUGGCAAGUCACCCCAGAUGGUAAACGCGAUGAAGUUCGUCGUUGGGGUCACACGAAUCAUAGUAGCGUUGAACUAUUGUUAAACACCAAGUGUUCAAAUGUUUUCUUCCCUGAGCAAUCACAUUUAGGCCUACCAAGCUUUAAGGAUGGUAUUCCUUAA